AUGAAUGCUCUUGGCCAAGCGAUAAGCGAAAUCAUCAACCAGAAACACCAAAUUGACGACAUUUCUCUCUUAAGUGCCACGGAAAAAUCCCAAAUUUAUUCGUGGAAUGCAAAUCUAGCUCAUCAUCCGGGCUAUCGCGUUGAUGAGCUGAUUAGUGAGCGCUGCCAACUUAAUCCAUCGGCGUUGGCAGUGUCCGCGUGGGACGGCGAACUUAGCUAUAAAGAGUUGGAUGAGGCAUCCUCCCGCCUAGCUCAACGUCUGACAGCACUCGGUAUUUGCCCAGAGAUAUUUGUACCUGUUUGUUUCGAGAAGUCCCGAUGGACUAUUGUCGCCAUGCUUGGGGUGAUGAAAGCUGGCGGCGCGUUUGUACUACUCGAUCCAUCACAUCCUCAUAAGAGACUCCUCGACAUCUGCAACAAAGUGUCGGCCAAGCUCAUCGUUUGUUCAACUCAUCAUGCCAAAUUAGCGGCGAGUCUGGCGCCUUUCAUUGUCGAACUGGGAGACAACGAUGCAGAAAGGAACUGGCAUACGGAAGACAUCCAGAGACCGGACGCUUUGGUGACUCCCGGAACGGCUCUGUAUUCUGUAUUUACGUCAGGUUCGACUGGGACGCCAAAAGGCGUGGUCAGCGAGCACUCAUCGUUCCUUGCAGCUAUGCCGACAUACAUCAAAUCUCUCGGACUUAAUCAGGAAUCACGGGUUUUUCAAUUCGCGUCCUAUGCAUUCGACGUCACAAUCUUUGACACUCUUAUGACUCUGACUGUUGGUGGGUGUGUAUGCGUGCCCUCGGAUACUGAGAGAUCCAACGAUUUGGCAAAUGCAAUCCAGCACUUUCGAGCCACCCAUCUGAGUCUGACUCCAACGGUUGCACGGAUAUUAGAUCCUCAAGAUUUUCCAACACUGCAAACUCUAACUCUCGGGGGUGAGAAAUUGGUGACAAGCGAAUUUUCUAAGUGGGUAAACCAUGUUCGUGUGGUUCAUCUUUAUGGAGCGACUGAGUGUUCUAUGAUGUCAAUCCACUGCAUCACAGGAACUUCGUCCAAUCUCCAGACGAUAAAUCACGACACCGGAAGUGCUUGCUGGGUGGUUGACCCGAGAAGCCAUGAAAGACUACAGGCCAUCGGCGCGAUUGGAGAAUUGGUGAUUGAAGGAGAAAUCGUGGGACGCGGCUAUCUAGAUGAUGCCGCACAAACAGCAGAGACGUUCAUUCAGCCUCCAGAUUGGCUGCGGGAGCUGCGCGGAAACAACUGCAACAAGAGCGUCAAAAUAUACAAAAGCGGUGAUCUGGUUCGUUACGCUGCCAAUGGAUCGCUUGAAUUCAUCUGCCGUAAAAACACGCAGGUCAAGCUUCGUGGUCAGCGCAUCGAACUUGGCGAGGUCGAGCACCAUCUCAAGUUGGCCUUUCCAAGGGCGAGAUUUGUUGUUGCAGAGCUUGUCACGAUGCCCGACUCGUCGCGCCCUCCUAUGUUGAUGGCAUUUGUGCGACCUGAAGAUGAUUCCAGUUCAGAUAGCAUAACCGGAGGCCGUGGAUCAACCUCGACUGCCAUAUUUGCCGAACCGACUGACGAGUUUCGUUCUCUAGUUCCAGCCACACUAUCAAAAUUGCAGAACUGUCUACCCUCUUACAUGGUCCCUUCGGCAAUCAUUCCUUUGGCCGUCAUUCCACUAACCGGCACAGACAAAGUUAACCGCAGGCUCUUGCGACAACUCGCCGCCGAACUACCACGAGAACAACUGGAAAGAUAUCAACCCACUGUGCGAUCCUAUCGCGCUCCGACUACCAACGCCGAAAAGACUUUGCGAAAAUACUUUGGCGAGGUAUUAAGCCUUCCGCUGGAGCAAGUCUGGGCUGAUGAUAAUUUCUUCUCACUUGGCGGGGAUUCUCUCACGGCCAUGAAACUAGUUUCAAUGGCUCGAAAGGACAAUUACAAACUCAUAGUUCAGAACGUUUUUAAAAGUCCUCAGCUGUCUGACCUGGCGGGUUUGAUCCAAGACAAGAAGAGUGAGGAUGACGAAAAGCCGGGACCGUUUGUGCUGGUCGACAAGAAACAGGACGUCAUCAGGGCAGCAGCUCAGCAGUGCCAUCUUCCCAGGAGGGCCAUUGAAGACAUUUAUCCGUGCACAUCUCUCCAAAAAGGCCUCAUCUCGGAGACUAUGCGUGAUCCCAGUGCGUUCAUCGCCAGGCUCGAACUGCCGUUACGUUCUCACAUCGAUAUUAGCCGGUUGGAGCAAGCAUGGACUGCUGUGGCCAAAGCCAAUCCUAUCCUACGCACGCGGAUGAUCCUAUCUGCCUCCCAUGGCUUGUUACAAGCUGUGGUACGGGACAAUAUUCCGUGGACAGUAUCGGACAAUGCUGAGUGCGAAGACUUGGUUGUCGACAUUGGCAAACCCCUGGUGCAACUGGUGCUUUGUCGUCCUGCGCCAAAGGGGCAAAGCCAAACAAAGCUAAUCCUUAUGAUGCAUCAUUCCAUCUACGACGGGUACACCUUGCCCCUGAUCAUCAAGCAACUGAGGACAGCUUACGAAGGUGGUUUGCUCGACCCUCGACCAGUCAGUCCAUUCAUUCGCUAUCUGGCAUCACUUCCAAAUUGUGCCGACUACUGGAUUCCAAUACUGAAGGAUCUCGAAACCCCUGCAUUCCCAGCUUUGCCUUCCAACGCUUAUCAUCCCUUGCCAAACUCAACGGCGGUAUACGCCACGCCCGUCUCUAGGCCCAGCGCAAACCAGUACACAUCAAAUACGUACGUGAGACUUGCAUGGGCCAUGACACAAUCUCACCAUCAAAAAAUUUCCGAUGUCUUCUUCGGGACCGUGGUAUCCGGCAGAAAUGCACCAGUUGAUAACAUUGACCUGAUGACAAUUCCAACGGUGGCAACAAUUCCGUGCAGGGUAACCCUGGACACUGACAGCGUUGUGGAAGAUAUGCUUCACAGAAUCCAGAACGACGCCACUGAGGGCAUCCCAUAUGAGCAGUUUGGACUUUCGAAUAUUAGCAGAUUGGGAGAAUGCCCAGCCCAUGCUUGUUCUUUUCAAACAUUGCUGGUCAUGCAGCCCGCUGCAGAGUGGGAUACCGACGACUUUUUACAAAUACCCAAGUCGGAUGCCAAUUACAGAGCUGACGCAACUUAUGCCAUCAACUUGUUUUGUGAACUAGAGGCGGAGAGGCUCGAGGUCACGGUGCUUUAUGAUGAGAAGGUGGUGCACAACCUCGAGAUGCAGCAGAUUUUGGACGAUUUUGGGGAGGCCCUGCGCUUCAUACGCCAAACCCCUGCCGGCGUCGUCAGAGACGUCCUCAAUGUACUCAGAAAGAGUCGCAAGGAAUGA